AUGCCCAUUCCUACGCGGACUCCUUCCCUUCGAGAGCCGCGUAAACAACUCUCAGUCGAUGGAGCGCGUACAACCACCCUGAAAAGUGCUCCCGCAACGAAUACAACCGCCCAAGCUCCGUCUCUGAACCCGGCGACUAUCAACGAAAGCACCGCGUCUCGCGACAAAAGCCAGUUGCCCGUACGGGAUGCGCGCUCCACAACUUCCUCUCGACCCCCCAAACCGCAGGACACUCGACUACCGCUGCGAGGUAUUCGACCACCUCAGAAGAUCUCUCUCCCGUCAGAGCAGCCACCUUCAUCCGCUUCAACAAUUGCAGCUCGACGACAAAGCUUAGUUCGUCCCAGCCCGUUGAAAUCAACCACAGCUACGAAGCUUACAGCCCCUUCUACAACUCCGACCACCGCCGCGCGGGGACCGCCUUCUCCUGUGAAACCCAGCCUCACCACCAAGCAAAAUGGUCGCCCCACGUCCCCGAAGAAGACAGACAUGCCCCCACCCCCACGACCGGUUCGAUCUGCCUCCCUCCGACAACCUGCCAGGUCUAGCCCCGGGACCUCUUCAACCACCCGGGGCCAUACGCGCCACCGCAGCCAGGUAGUGACUCCCGCAUCUGUCCAAGCUGCCACGAAGAAGAUCGAGCCUCCGUCGCCCGUGACGGCCACUCCACGGUCAAGGACCCAGUUUACAACCUUUCAACAGCAUUACUCACCUAAAAAGUCGGCAACACCCCAAGCUACGACACCUUCGGUCAGAGCACCUGCAGACUUGGAUCCCUCCUUAAUACCUUCGUCCUGGCCUGAAAUUGCCGCGUUGCAAACUGAGCUGCUGCAGCUGAGUCUUUUGCAUUCUACUUUCCUGCGACAGAACACGGAAUGGGAGGCCACUGCGGAGUCGGAGAUUCGGGAUCUGUAUGAUUCGGUUGCAACAGACUAUCGUGGAGUCCUGAAAGAGGAGAGGGAACUUCAGCGGCAACUCAACGGACAGGCAUUGCAUCACUGGUUCAAGAAUUGUCGCGAGUAUAACGGUCGCCAGGGAUUUGCGGAGCAGAUCCAGGUUCUUUCACAGGUGCUGCAGGAGGUAUGCGAUCUGACGGAAACCCCCGGAGGCAGGUAUACGACUCUCCUGCAGGAAUUUGAAUCCUGGCUCCAGCAGGCCGAUGAAAUUCGGAACCUCCGUCACUACACGGAGGAGGCUCUCGGCCCCGUCGUCUUCAUCGAUCCGCUGAACGCUGCGUGGAAAGAAGAAGUCUACUUGACGACAAUGAAGCUUGAACUUUGCUCAAGACAGCUUCAGAGUCUGGACAUCCUUGGCUACGGGGAGGUGGAGCGGCUUGAAAGCUCUACCCUUCUGCGAGUUGCCAAGGGCUUAGAGGAGAUGGCCAAUUCGAUGGUGGAGGAACUCAAUGCCAUCCGUAAAAUAGAAGCCGACAUCGUAAGGUCUGAGCGACAAUGGGCCCUGAAGCAUUCUUCGAGUCCUUUCCCAGUCAUCUAUCGAUGGCAUUCGAACGGGAAGACGGCUUCUAGCGCAAUGAGCGCACGACGUGGAGCGAACCAGCGAAGACGAGGCGAAGUACCAGGGAACACCCUCAGGGGCCAUCCGCAUCGACUGCGGUGGUUUCGGAACGGGCAGGGGACGUCCUACGCAAACUGGUUUCUCGUUAUCUCGGAAACCUGA